CAAAAUGAAAUCACAAAUGUUAAUGGCAGCCAUGAAAAUUAUACGUUAAUUUUGGGGUUCUCUCAUCAUUCCCAGCCUCCCAGGGUUUAACAUCGAGAGUCUCUUCUGCUCCCAACUAUCCCCUCUACCAUGGCCGUGCUCUGUACUGCUCCACUUUCAGACCCACUUGCCUGAAACAACAGAUAACGUAAAGCCCUCAAAAUUUUGGGAUUAUCUAUCUGGGUUUAGCCCAAAAUCUUUCAAAACGGCUCCUUCUAUAAGCCACUGCGGGAGCAAGCUGGGCAGAGUUGCAGAGAUGAUGACUUUGGGAGUCUCCACUUCCCAGGCCUCUUCAGUCAGAACUCAAUGGCCUUCUUAUUUCUUUCUAUGGCGGUCUAACUCUGUUUCUAACUCUUCUAUUUCCAUUUGCGCCUCCUCCAAGGCUCUCUACAGGGCUGAAUUUAGUUCCCUGAAGAGUGUUGGUGGCGCUUCUCCAAAUAUGAAUAUGUUUCACGCUUCCUUUCAGUGUAGACAAUGUUCUUUCUUGAGCACCACUUCAUUUUUUGAAACUAGUAAAUAUGACAAGGAGAGGGCAUUUCUCUCUGAUGUAAAGGCUUGGUCCAAGAGUACUAUGCAGCUGAAAGAAGAGAAGCUCCUUAGGUAUAUUGACACUGAGAUCCCGACAAAGAACAACGAAGAAAAGCUAAGAAAAAAGGAAAAUCUCACUGGGCAUGGGACUUCGCAUUGUUAUAACAGUCCAUGUCCUCCAUAUUCUAAGGUUCUGUCAAAUUUGGGAAGCAAAUGUUCCAAUGCUAGUAAUGAUUCUGAUUGUUUAAGGGUUCCAACUAAUAUGUUAUCAGAUGGAUUCAGUAAACAAGAACCUAUUAGUUUUGAUCGAACUGAGAAUGUUGUAACUAUAGAUAGGAUGAUAAGUGAAAGGGCACCCUUACUUGAGACAAUUAAGGUUCCAAGUGGUCAAUGUAAUGGAGACAUUGAUUCUUUUGCUGGGAGACGGACCAUGAUCAAGCCUGAAAAUAGUGAUUUGCAAUUUACUGAAGCUGCCAAUGGGAUAAAGAGGGGUGUAGCUGUGGAAGAAUUUUCUAAAGUGACCAUCAAUGGAAGUGGCACCAAGGUGAUGGGAGCACUUGGAACUGCUCACAAGCCAGAUAUAAAGGAGAGGCUUAAUUGUGUAUAUGAUAGCGUUCUUGUUGUUGAUAGUGUAUCUGCAGCGAAGGAAGUUGUUUCAAUGCUUACUAUUAAGUACAGGGAUCUUGUGCAUGCUUGCGAUACUGAGGUGGGCAAGAUUGAUGUGAAGCAAGAAACACCCGUUGACCAUGGUGAAAUAAUAUGCUUCAGUAUUUAUUCAGGACCAGAAGCAGAUUUUGGGAAUGGAAAGUCUUGUAUCUGGGUUGAUGUUCUUGAUGGUGGCGGUAAGGAAAUUUUGCUUCAAUUUGCACCAUUCUUCGAAGAUCCUUUGAUCAGAAAGGUCUGGCACAACUACAGCUUUGACAAUCACAUUAUUGAAAACUAUGGGAUUAAGCUUUCUGGCUUUCAUGCUGACACGAUGCACAUGGCACGGUUGUGGGAUUCAUCAAGGCGAGUGAAUGGUGGAUAUUCACUUGAAGCUCUUUCUAGUGAUACAAAGGUCAUGUCUGGUGCUAAAUUGGGCCAGGAAAAAGAGUUGAUCGGUAAAGUAUCUAUGAAAACAAUCUUUGGCCGGAAGAAGACGAAAAAGGAUGGAUCUGAAGGCAAACUUAUAGUCAUUCCCCCUGUUGAACAACUUCAACGAGAAGAACGGAAACCGUGGGUAUCUUAUUCUGCUUUAGAUUCAAUAUGCACGCUGAAGCUUUAUGAGAGCUUGAAAAAUAUACUGUCUGACAUGCCCUGGGAGAGAGAUGGAGAAAUGAUUCCGGAUCAAACAAUGUUCAACUUUUAUGAAGAAUAUUGGAAACCAUUCGGUGAACUUCUCGUCAAAAUGGAAACUGAGGGAAUGCUGGUUGAUAGGCCAUAUCUUGCCGAGAUAGAAAAAUUGGCCAAAAAGGAACAAGAGGUUGCUGCUAACAGAUUUCGUAACUGGGCUUCAAAGUAUUGCUCUGAUGCCAUGUACAUGAAUGUAGGAAGUGAUGCACAAGUGCGUCAAUUGCUCUUUGGUGGCACUUGUAACAGUAAGAACCCUGAUGAGUCUCUUCCAACUGAAAGGACAUUCAAAGUUCCAAACAGUGAAAAAGUCAUUGAAGGAGGAAAAAAAACCCCCAGCAAGUUUCGGAAUAUUACUUUACAUUGCAUUGGUGAGAAGGCUUUUUCGACAGAAAUGUACACAGCAACUGGUUGGCCUUCUGUGAGUGGGGAUGCUCUGAAGAUCUUAGCAGGCAAGGUCUCUGCAGAAUUUGAUGACUUCACUGAUGACUUGCAGUCUGACAAUGAGGUUGACAACGAUUUUGGGACGAUGCCUCAUGAAGAAAGCAAAAGGCAUAUUAUUCAUGAAUGUGCAAAUAUGUCUGAUUAUGGAACUGCUUUACAAGGAUUUGAGUUGAUGGAGGAGGGCAGGGAAGCCUGUCAUGCUAUUGCUGCUUUAUGUGAAGUCUGCUCUAUCGACUCUUUGAUAUCAAAUUUCAUCCUUCCCUUACAGGGAAGCAACAUAUCCGGUAAGAAUGGACGUGUGCAUUGUUCUCUAAAUAUCAACACAGAAACUGGCCGCCUUUCAGCUCGGAGACCAAAUUUGCAGAAUCAACCAGCUCUGGAAAAGGACCGGUAUAAGAUCCGUCAGGCAUUUAUAGCUGCUCCUGGAAAUUCCCUCAUUGUUGCUGAUUAUGGCCAGUUGGAACUUAGGAUUCUGGCUCAUCUUGCCAAUUGUAAGAGCAUGCUGGAAGCCUUUAAAGCUGGGGGAGAUUUCCAUUCAAGGACCGCAAUGAAUAUGUACCCUCACAUUCGUAAAGCUGUUGAAGAAGGAAGUGUGCUUCUUGAGUGGGAUCCUCAACCUGGGGAAGACAAGCCUCCAGUUCCAUUGUUGAAGGAUGCCUUUGCUUCUGAAAGAAGGAAAGCUAAAAUGCUUAAUUUUUCCAUUGCAUAUGGCAAGACUCCUGUUGGCCUUUCCAAGGAUUGGAAGGUUACUGUGGAGGAAGCAAAGAAGACGGUUAACUUGUGGUAUAAUGAAAGAAAAGAGGUUCGUAUGUGGCAAGAUCUUCGAAUGGAAGAGGCUGAGGAGAAGUCGUGUGUUCGCACGUUACUUGGAAGAGCUCGUCGGUUUCCUUCAAUGAAGUUUGCUACUCGGGCCCAGAAAGGGCAUAUAGCAAGAGCUGCUAUCAAUACUCCCGUGCAGGGUAGUGCUGCUGAUGUUGCCAUGUGUGCCAUGUUGGAAAUAUCUAAAAAUUCACGUUUGAAGGAACUUGGAUGGAGGCUGCUUUUGCAGGUUCAUGAUGAAGUAAUCUUGGAAGGACCGACCGAGUCUGCUGAGGUUGCUAAGGCAAUUGUUGUUGAGUGCAUGUCGAAACCGUUCAAUGGAAAGAACAUUCUGAAAGUUGACCUUGCUGUGGAUGCCAAGUGUGCACAAAACUGGUAUUCUGCCAAAUAGAUCUUUAACAAAAGAAUUUCCGACUAAACUCAACAUCAAAUGCCAUCAGUUCAACUAAUGGAUGCCUUCUGAAGGUUGUUUAUGCUAGCUGAUGUGAAAUUUUCACCACCCUUCCCUUGAUGAUAUUGCUGGUGAUAAUUGUUCAAUGAAAUGGGGUGGUUUGUGAGGAAUGAAGAUUCCUAUUUCCUCAUCUGUAGGUGGCAUUCUGUAAUUUAUUUGUCUAAAGGUAGGCCUGGGCAUGUGCUUCAGUGUAUAGCAAGCUUUUUUUUGGCUCUCUUUGGAUGAACUUGUUUUGAACAGAUGUCUAUGUUACUCAAUUCUCCAAGUGUAAUAUUAUGUAGUCGAUAAAAUAAAUCUUGGUUAAAAGCAUGCAUUUUGCUGAGAUUGACGUGUUUGGAUGUACUUAAUAGUACUAUAAGAACAUGAAAAUGUUAUUUCUUCAGGCUA